GGUCGCGGGCGCCGAGCCGAACAAAGGAGCGGGGCGCCGCCGCCACCAUGCCCGCCAACGGCACGGCCGAGGCGGUGCAGAUCCAGUUCGGCCUGAUCAACUGCAGCAACAAGUACCUGACGGCCGAGGCGUUCGGGUUCAAGGUGAACGCGUCGGCCAGCAGCCUGAAGAAGAAGCAGAUCUGGACGCUGGAGCAGCCGCCCGACGAGGCGGGCAGCGCGGCCGUGUGCCUGCGCAGCCACCUGGGCCGCUACCUGGCGGCCGACAAGGAUGGCAACGUGACCUGCGAGCGCGAGACGCCCGGCGCCGACUGCCGCUUCCUGAUCGUGGCGCACGACGACGGCCGCUGGUCCCUGCAGUCCGAGGCGCACCGGCGCUACUUCGGCGGCACCGAGGACCGCCUGUCGUGCUUCGCGCAGAGCGUGUCGCCGGCCGAGAAGUGGAGCGUGCACAUCGCCAUGCACCCGCAGGUCAACAUCUACAGCCUGACCCGCAAGCGCUACGCGCACCUGAGCGCGCGACCGGCCGAUGAGAUCGCCGUGGACCGCGACGUGCCCUGGGGGGUCGACUCACUCAUCACGCUGGCCUUCCAGGACCAGCGCUACAGCGUGCAGACGGCCGACCACCGCUUCCUGCGCCACGACGGGCGCCUGGUGGCGCGCCCCGAGCCCGCCACCGGCUACACGCUCGAGUUCCGCUCCGGCAAGGUGGCCUUCCGCGACUGCGAGGGCCGCUACCUGGCGCCGUCGGGGCCCAGCGGCACGCUCAAGGCCGGCAAGGCCACCAAGGUGGGCAAGGACGAGCUCUUCGCCCUGGAGCAGAGCUGCGCCCAGGUCGUGCUGCAGGCGGCCAACGAGAGGAACGUGUCCACGCGCCAGGGGAUGGACCUGUCGGCCAAUCAGGACGAAGAGACCGACCAGGAGACCUUCCAGCUGGAGAUCGACCGCGACACCAAAAAGUGCGCCUUCCGCACCCACACGGGCAAGUACUGGACGCUGACGGCCACCGGGGGCGUGCAGUCCACCGCUUCCACCAAGAACGCCAGCUGCUACUUUGACAUCGAGUGGCGUGACCGGCGGAUCACGCUGCGUGCCUCCAAUGGCAAGUUCGUGACGGCCAAGAAGAAUGGGCAGCUGGCCGCGUCGGUGGAAACAGCAGGGGACUCUGAGCUCUUCCUCAUGAAGCUGAUCAACCGCCCCAUCAUUGUGCUCCGCGGGGAGCAUGGCUUCAUCGGCUGCCGCAAGGUCACAGGCACCCUGGAUGCCAAUCGCUCCAGCUAUGAUGUCUUCCAGCUGGAGUUCAACGACGGCGCCUACAACAUCAGAGACUCCACGGGCAAGUACUGGAUGGUUGGCAGCGACUCUUCCGUCACCAGCAGCAGCGACACCCCCGUAGACUUCUUCUUCGAGUUCUGCGACUACAACAAGGUGGCCAUCAAGGUGGGCGGGCGCUACCUAAAGGGGGACCAUGCGGGGGUCCUGAAGGCCUGCGCCGAGGCCGUGGAGCCCGCCACGCUGUGGGAGUACUAGGCCCGCUGCCCACCCGGCCGCCCGGCCCCGCUCGCUCCCUGCCAGGUGGGCUCCCCGGGCGG